AUCAAAACAACGCGGACGCUAUUCAAUGUGAAUUCAGUUAUAGUUUUAUUAAUUUAAAUUAUACUUAUUAUGUGUGAGAAUAAUAUUUAAUUUGGUGCUAUUUAAAACAUUAAAAAUGGCUGACGAAGUGAUAAAACAUUCAGUGCACACGCUUGUGUUUAGGUCUUUGAAGAGAUCACACGAUAUGUUUCUAUCAAACCAGAGUAUGCUGCCUCCAAUUGAUGAAAAAGCGGAAAAAAUCUUAAAGGCUGUAAAAGCUAGAGACAGCUAUGGGCAAGUGAUGUCCGCUGUGCAGAAGGCGCAGGCUGUCAAGCAGCAAGAAGCCAUGAGCAGACCUGACACACCUCAUGACACUGAUAUAGCAGAAUCUGCAGCACUAGGAUCAGACGGUGCAAUGUUACCGUACAGUGCACCUAGUACACCAACUCCAACUGCAAUCGUGCCUGCGCCGCGCAAAGCACCCACAAUGCCCCGCCCCAAGUGGCACGCACCAUGGAAGCUGUUCAGGGUUAUAUCAGGACAUCUGGGAUGGGUGCGCUGUGUGGCAGUGGAGCCAGGGAACGAGUGGUUUGCUACAGGUGCUGCGGACAGAGUGAUCAAGAUAUGGGACCUAGCAAGUGGCAAAUUGAAGGUGUCACUCACUGGACACGUUAGCACUGUCAGAGGAUUGGAAGUUUCCCCUCGGCACCCCUACUUGUUCAGCUGCGGUGAAGACAGGCAAGUGAAAUGCUGGGACCUGGAGUACAAUAAGGUGAUCCGCCACUACCACGGGCACCUGUCGGCGGUGUACACGCUGGCGUUGCACCCCACCAUCGACGUGCUGCUGACGGCCGGGCGCGACGGCACCGCGCGCGUGUGGGACAUGCGCACCAAGGCCAACGUGCACACGCUCGCCGGACACACCGACACCGUGGCCUCGCUCGUGUGCCAGGCCGCCGAGCCGCAGAUUAUCACAGGCUCCCACGACUCGACUAUUCGCCUGUGGGACCUGGCGACCGGCAAAUCCAUGUGUACCCUGACCAACCACAAGAAGUCCGUCCGCGCGAUCGCUUUGCACCCAACGCUGUACACCUUCGCGUCCGCGUCCCCGGACAACAUCAAGCAGUGGAAGUGUCCGGAGGGCAAGUUCAUCCAGAACCUGUCCGGCCACAACGCCAUCGUGAACUGCAUGGCCGUCAACCCGGAGGGGGUGCUGGUCAGUGGGGGGGACAACGGCACCAUGUACUGCUGGGACUGGAGGACAGGGUACAACUUCCAAAGGCUGCAGUCUGCCGUGCAACCGGGCUCCAUGGACUCCGAGGCGGGCAUCUUCGCGCUGACCUUCGACCAGUCGGGCUCGCGCCUCAUCACGGCGGAGGCGGACAAGACCAUCAAAAUCUACCGAGAAGACGAAUCCGCCUCCGAGGAGACGCACCCCGUCAACUGGCGCCCCGAGAUCUUGAAGAGGAGGAAGUUCUAAUAACCGUUACCAUCCUAACAAUUAAGAAUUAAAUGACGUUUUGAUAUUCA